GCCGGGCCAGAACGGCUUGUGUAACUUUGCAAACGUGCCAGAAAGUUUAAAAAUCUCUCCUCCUUCCUUCCCUCCAGACACUGCCGGCUCUCGGGGAUCGAUCGCCGCGCGCCGCCUUCCAGCGCCGGGGGCCUGGGGCAGAAGGAGGAGGAGGAGGAGAGCCGGUGCCACGUCCCAGCAGCCGCCCGGGGCUGGAGGGAGGGUCUACCGGGCACGCCCGGAGGGGGCCCGGACCCCGCGCUUCGCCCUCCUCGCCGUGGGCAGCAUCGUCCUCCCUCACGUGAUAACGUCCUUCGGAGGGUCCCCCGGGCUCCCCUCCCCGAGGGCGCCAUGCGCUUCGCCUGGACGGUGCUCCUGCUGGGGCCGCUGCAGCUCUGCCGCCUGGUGCGCGGCGCCCCGCCGCCGUCGGGCCCGCCGCCGUCCCCGCGCGAGCCGCCCGCGGCCCCUGGUGCCUGGCGCCAGACAAUCCAGUGGGAGAACAACGGGCAGGUGUUCAGCCUGCUGAGCCUGGGCGCGCAGUACCAGCCGCAGCGCCGACGGGACCCGAGCGCCACCGCCCCGGGCGCGCCCCGAGCCCGCGCCCCGGCCCCGCGGCCGCGCUCGCCCGUGCUGCUGCUCCGCGACAACCGCACGGCGCCCGGCCGCGCCCGGCCCUGGCUCCCGGCCGGCUCCUCGGCGGCGGGCGCCCGCGGGGCCGGGAACAGGACGGCGGCGGCGGCGGCGGCGACGGGGCCCCGGACGCGGGGAGGAGCCGCCCCGCCGCCGCCGCCGCCGCCGGGGCUGGCCGACCGCAUGGUGGGCGACGACCCCUACAACCCGUACAAGUACUCCGACGACAACCCGUACUACAACUACUACGACACGUACGAGCGGCCGCGGCCCGGGAGCCGGUACCGGCCCGGCUACGGCACCGGCUACUUCCAGUACGGGCUCCCGGACCUGGUGCCGGACCCCUACUACAUCCAGGCGUCCACGUACGUGCAGAAGAUGUCCAUGUACAACCUGCGCUGCGCCGCCGAGGAGAACUGCCUGGCCAGCUCCGCAUAUAGGGCAGACGUCAGAGAUUAUGAUCACAGGGUGCUGCUGAGGUUUCCCCAAAGAGUGAAAAACCAAGGAACAUCUGACUUCUUACCCAGCCGCCCAAGAUACUCCUGGGAGUGGCACAGUUGUCACCAACAUUAUCACAGCAUGGAUGAAUUCAGCCACUAUGACCUGCUUGAUGCCAACACACAGAGGAGAGUGGCUGAAGGCCACAAAGCAAGUUUCUGCCUAGAGGACACGUCCUGUGACUACGGCUACCACAGGCGGUUUGCGUGCACCGCACACACACAGGGAUUAAGUCCUGGUUGUUACGAUACCUAUGCAGCUGAUAUAGACUGCCAGUGGAUUGACAUAACAGAUGUACAACCUGGAAACUACAUUCUGAAGGUCAGUGUAAACCCCAGCUAUCUGGUCCCUGAAUCAGACUAUACUAACAACGUUGUGCGCUGUGACAUUCGCUACACAGGACAUCACGCCUAUGCCUCAGGCUGCACAAUUUCUCCGUAA